GUAGUUUCCCCUUUUCUCAAACCAGUUUUGCUCCUGGAGUGAUCUUUGCUUUAGUCAGAAUAUGAAGGGAGGCUGCAUCCAAGACAAGUUUUCCCAGACAGGCCACAGAUGAGUUUUGCUAGACCAGGAGAGGAAACAAGGAGGCUUCUGACUACAAAGGCUCAGACAGGACAACCCUGCUCACUAAUACCUGUCGCUCCCCAGCAUGUUGGAAGAAGAUAAUGAUGAGACAUGUUGGAAUAACCUGGAGAGCUUCCGGGUGAAGCUGAUCUCCGUGAUCGAUCCCUCCCGUAUCACGCCCUACCUCCGCCAGUGCAAGGUGAUCAGCCACGAUGAUGAGGAGCAAGUUCUUAACGACCCCAGCCUGGUCAUGCGCAAGCGGAAGGCAGGCGUUCUUUUGGACAUUCUUCAGCGAACAGGACACAAGGGCUUUGAGGCGUUUCUGGAGAGUCUUGAGCUUUAUUAUCCACAACUGUAUAAGAAGAUAACUGGCAAGGAGCCCAGCAGGGUUUUCUCUAUGAUUAUAGACACUGCUGGGGAGUCUGGGCUGAGCCAGCUGCUGAUGAACGAGAUCAUGAAGCUGCAGAGCACGGUGCAGGAGGAGCGGCGGAAGGCCCAGGAGCUCAGCGUGUGGCUGCAGACCAAAGAGGACACGAUCAGAGAGAUGUGGGUGAGGGACAGCCUGCUCCGCAAGCACCAGGAGCGGGCACAGAAGAUGAAGGAGGAAAGGGACAGCCUGAGCAAGGAGCUGAGGAAGUGCAAGGAUGAGAACUACAACCUGGCAAUGAGCUUUGCCAGACAGAGCGAGGAGAAGAGCGCUGCCCUCAUGAAGAACCGGGACCUCAUCCUAGAGAUCGAUCACUUGAAGCACAGCCUCAUGAAGGCUGAGGAUGACUGCAAGCUGGAGCGGAAGCACACGAUGAAACUGAAGCACGCCAUUGAGCAGCGUCCCAGCCAUGAGGUGAUGUGGGAGAUCCAGCAGGAGAAGGAGUUGCUCUUGGCCAAGAAUCAGGAGCUGGAGAACACUCUCCAGCAGGUUGCCAGGGAACAGAAUUUGGAGAAGAGCCUCUCCAGUGAGACCUUGGAGAAUGACUGUAGCCAGAUCCUAGAAGAACGGCGGGAGCUGAUGAACACCAUCUACAGCCUCCGCAGGGAGCUGCGCCGAGCAGAGGUGCUCCAAGACAAGUAUGCAGAGGAAAAAGAGAUGCUUGAGCUACAGUGCACAUCUCUGAGGAAGGAUUCUCAGAUGUAUAAAAAACGGAUUGAAGCUGUCCUGCAGCAGAUGGAAGAGGUGGCUUCAGAAAGAGACCAGGCACUCCUGACCCGAGAACAGUUCUACAUGCAGUACUCCAAGAACCUGGUGGAGAGGGACACCUACCGCAAGCAGAUUCGGGAGCUGGGGGAGCGAUGUGACGAAAUGCAACUGCAGCUCUUCCAAAAGGAGAGCCAGUUACUGGCUACUGAGUCCAAGCUGAAGAGGUUGCAACUGGAGCUCCCCACACCGACCUCUGACCUGGAUGAUACCUCUUCCAGAGAUUCCCAGGAACUUACCCUUCACAGCCAUCUAGAUGAAGAUACACAGCAGACUAAAAAAGAUCCCCCUGAAGGACAAAACCAGCAAUUCAGCACUCAAGAGAGCAGUCUGCCUCCAAAGUCACCCAGUUUCAAGGAGUGUGGCUUAGCCAACGAGGAGCUGGCAGAGAAGGAGCGGAGGAGGAUGAAGGACUGCUUUGAGCGCUACCGAAGGUCUGGGCUCUAAUCUUACCUUCAGAGGUCCAUGCUUCUGGCUGAACUGGUUGAGGCUCCUGCUUUAGUACCAGAGGAAGCCAAGAUAGCAACACUGCUGACAUUAACCAAGCUCCCGUGACUCUGAAUGGGAGCAGUUUCCACCCUCUGUCCUCUUCAAAUGCUCGUUUGAAGACCUGUUCCUAAACGCCUUCACCAGUCACGGCCUUUAUGGAGCACAAGACAGAUUAAAACCUUGUAGAACAGGGACCUUGGUUCCUGCAUUAGGCAGACACGCUCCUCAUGGCACUACAAACUACUCUUCUGAGUGCUGACAAUAUUGGUUUUAUUUUAAAAAAAGAGUUGGGGUAGGAUUUCUGACAUCAACAACACACCACACUUCAAGAAAUGUAAGAGUGUCUUUACCCAUUUAGACCAAUUCUCUCUACGCUCCGUUUGCUGCCAGCUGCCGCUUAGCUCACAGAAAACGCCUUCUAAAACUGAAAGAUCUAGUCUUGC